UAAAAUAACACAUUGAUAUAACUGUAAUCACUCGUAACUGUAAUCUUUUUACUCGGUGGAGAAAGUAAAUAAACAAACAUUGUGGAAUUCGUUGAUAUUUUUUAAUAUAUCUAUUUUAUAAUGCCUUAUUUAUUAGGUACCAAUGCUAUUCGUAGAACCAUACGAUAUCUUGAACAAGGAAAAUUAAUAUUUAGGCAAAAUGUAAAAGUUAUGACUGUCAGCUAUAAUGAUAAAGGUGAUUAUCAUCAAGGUGCAAGGGACCUUGUCCAUUGGAAUCUUUGUCAAAUUCAGUACAGAAAUCCCACCGUGCAAGUUUUGUUUUUGAAAAAUUUGUUUCCUACACCCUUUAUAAGAUGUUGGCUUGAUACUGGUGAAGAUGUUAUUAUGGAUGUUUUUAAUAAGACAAAUGUUGAAAUAAUUGAUCAUCUCAUCAAGAUAUUGGGACAACCUGAUGUAAAAGAAGAACAAAAAGAAAAACUAGCAUAUGAAAAUCUUGCAAAGUUUGGAAGUGGCUAUCCUAGACAUUGUAUGUGUGAAGUUCCUGGUCAAUUACCUUGUCCUGUCACUGUUCAACUUCCUGAGGAAAUGACAGGCAAAUAUAAAUCUGAACAUAAUUUAUGGCCCAAGCCAGGACUUCAUAAAGAUUAGUUUAUCUUUAAUUAUUUUCCUUGUAAAUAUCAUUAGCAUUUUGGCCUGAAAAUGUAAACCUUUAGGUGAUAAAUAAAAUUGUUGUUUUUUAUUUCUUAA